CUAUAUCGUAAAAGAUCAUGGAAACAACAAGUGGCUUUUUGAUGUUAAUGUAAGGUUAGUGUUAUGUAUAAAUUAGCAGUGUGGUUAACGUUAGUUUUAAAAUCAGAUUUUAAGAAAAUAAAUUGUAGAAAUGGGCGGAGGCUAUGACUUUGUGACUGUAAUAAUUACCAAUAAAAGCUUGGAGGUUUGCAUGAGCUUGUUGUUAGCAAGUUAACCCUGUGAAAAACUUUCGUGAGGCCAAUUUGUAACCUACGCGUUGUAAUUAAAGAAAUGGAGACCACACCGAAGACAACCAAAUCAAAACCUGUGUACGACACACCCUGUUAUUUAAAAUCAAGCCCAUGUGAAUCCAGUAGUGUGCAAAAGCCAAAACAGCAGAUGAGUUCUUCUCUGAAGGAACGACUGAAAAGAUCAAAACGUUCCUUCACCUCUCCUGUUUCCGUGGCCAAACGUCUUAACAUCGAUGAUGACCAACUUCCCUCAACAGCAGACAAAGAGACCGAGCAUGGUGCCAAAACAGACAGACCAAAGAAUAUUGAGAUCAACAGAAAUGAGAUCACGCCCAGUGAAUGUCCAGAGACUAGAAGGGCUGGGGUCCCUGGCCCCAUGCCUGAAUCAGCUCAACCCACUCAUAUAGACUUGCUACAACUACGAGACCAAUUGAAGAGAGAGGUUAAAGAAAGGACCGAGAGACUACGGCGACUGAAGAUGGUUAAAAUGUACAGAAGCAAGAAUGACCUGACACAGUUGAGAGUUUUGAUUGACAAGUGGCGGAGUUGUAGUCAGGCUGCGUUGUAUGAGCUCCAGUCAGAUCUCCCCAUAGAUGGCAGGAAAGCCAGCAUCUCCCAGCUAAUUGACCUCUUUGGUGUAGAGGACGGCAUACUGCACUUUAACCGCACAGAAGAGGACUUCACCAAUGCAUAGACCCACAUGCCUUGUGUUCACAUUGUCACAAAUAAUAUUAAUUGUUGAUAUCAGAUUUAUCAUGCAGAUUUUCUGCUUUUUUUGUUGAAUAAUCUCGAUUCAAUCUUAUGUACUGGAUGUUUUUCACCCUAAAUUUACUAUGAUCCACAAGUAAUUUGAGUGAAAAAAACACGUUAAUUUGCCACUUCAUCAGUUUAAUUUCAUACUGUUACCUACCAUAGUAAUUUAUAUUAGUUCUAUAUUUAAACAUGAAAAUCAGUUUGACGUUUUGUUAAUUUUUAAAAAAUAAAGUGUUUCCUAAAUGUG